AUGUCACAAUACGUGGUGGACCUUGUGAACGAAGCCAUCAACGAAAGUAACUAUCGCAGCCACCCCUACGACAAGUACAACCACCGAUUCUACCAUUCGAAACUUGACUGGUACCACAUCGUUUGGCCACUGUUGUUCCUCACAGGCCUUAUCGGGAAUGCGCUCUCAGUAGCUGUUUUCAGCCGACGAGCGAUGCGAACCGGUCCGUCGUCAGUUUACUUACUGACGCUGGCUGUCAGUGACUCUCUAGUUUUGUUGUUCAGCUGUUUGAAAAGCUGGGUAGCAAUGGUUUUUGGCGUAGAGUUGAUGCACUACAGUUUGCAGUUCUGUCGCUUCUUUCGUUACUGCUUCUACACGUCUUCGCAUUUGUCGGCCUGGUUAGUUGUGCUGGUAACCACUGAACGGCUCUUGGUGGUCUUCUGGCCGCUACGAACCAACAGCUGGUGGUUGGUGAAGAAGCCUGGAUGGACGACACUAAUUCUUGUGACCACCAUCGCCACUGCCAACGUUAACGUGGCGCUGAAUUCAAAAUACUCCGCAUUCAAAGUUCCCAACGAUUUGAAAUUCCUGAAUGAUAUUAGCAUUCAGAUUGACAAGCUCAAUGCAACUUAUCUAUCGAAAUUUUUGGAAAAUGCCCUAGAGCCAUACUUUGAUAAAGAUGAUGACGUCAACGAUGACACCAACGACUACAUCAACCAUGAAAUCGAAUGCAACAUUGAGAGAUUAAGUGCUAAGCAUUUUCAAAUUGAAGAAAAAAAUAUACUGAGAAACAACCGCAGCAAAACGUCUGAAAAAUGUUUUCUAAACCACAACAACAACAACAACUUCAACAACAACUUCAACAACAACAGCAAGAAGAGUUACAACCCAAGCAACUUGGAAAUGUUGAAAUUGUUGUACGCAUCACUGAUGCACAGCCAGCAUCAUAAUCAUCACCACUAUCAUAAUCAUCACCACUAUCAUAAUCAUCACCAACGUCAUAAUCACCUUCAUCAUUAUCACAACGUCACAUCACUUUUCGACUAUUACGACUACCACAAAAUCUGCACCGACGAAAGACACGGCUUCGCGGCCGAGUUCAACAUCGUCGUCUACUCCAUCCUUCCAUCAUUGAUCGUCCUCAUCUUCAAUCUCGCCAUCAUCAAAGCCAUUUUUGCAGUCACUUCUCUUGCGUUUUUUCAUCGCAUCAGUGGCAAUGCAAACGAAAUUGGUGGUGAUGGUGCUGCAGCUGCUGGAGGUGGAGGUGGUCAAUGUCGCCAUGUCGGCCGAACAUGUGAACAAAUGCGUAUGCGCCGAGUAAGUGAGAUUCAUCAUAGCGUUAAGAACGAGUGUCAUCUGCAAUGUCAUAACGAGAAGAACGGAAUCAACAACAACAACAACAGAAGCAGCAACAACAACAAUAGCAGCAGUGGCAACAACAACAGUAACAGUAACAACAGUAACAGUAACAACAAUGCGGAUAAUAAUGGUAGUAACAACAAUGGUAACAAUGAUAUCAACAUAAAUCAUUAUAACAGCAGCGCCAGUAGUAGCAGUAGUAGCGCAAACAACAACUUCAACUACAACGACGACAAAAACGCUAUUGAGGAAAAAAAUGUAGCUCAAAAUUUAUUCUCAAUUUCGAUAAAAAAAUGUAAGCUAGACAGCAGCAGUAACAGCAACAAAAAUAGUAGCAGUAGUGGGAGCAGCUGCCAAAGCAACCAUAGCAACAGCAAUCCAGCCUGCAGUCGGUGUGGUUGCGAGGACAGCUUCAAAGUCGGUUCAAAGAUUGGUUUGGUUCUGACAAAAAUUAAAGAACCGUUUAAUUUGAAAAACAGAAGUGGCACCAACAACUCAGUCAGCAACAACGUCGAUGAGAGGAUCUUUAAAUCCAAACUUUCUCAGCAGGAACCUCUCUCAAGCUGGAAAUCAUUUUCUGUUUUUCAGCUUAAACAAAAGCCGCAAAUAAAAAAUCAACAACAAGCACAACAACAACAACAACAAACACAACUACCACAAAUACAACAUGGCUACGAAAACAAAGUAGUUGCCGACGUUUCGCCUUGCAAAAUAUCAAAGCUUAAAUCAACAUCUGGUUUCAAAUGUUCUAACAACAACAACAAUAAAAUUACUUUAAACAUCAACCUUAACGACAACACUAACUAUAGACAACAUCAGUUCAGCGAUAAAACCCAUUAUUACAGCAACAACAUUUUCAACAAAAGACAAAACAAUUGUCAGAGCAAGAAAAAUAAUUUAAUCUAUAAGGGUAUUGGACCAGUUGGAAACCACAUACCGACGCAUCAAAAUAUAAACAAGGCAAAUCUUCAGCUCAACAACAGCACUCCAAUCACAACCACCACUAACAACAACAACUUGAACAUCCGACCGAUAAAAAGCUCGUUACUGCCGCCACAAUCAUCGCGAACUCAGCGUCAACAUCGACCACGAGUGGCGUUCGCCUGCGACAAUAAAUCAGCACGCAGCAACCCGUUCCGUCAGACGACUUACUGCAGGAGACUACGCGAGAACAGUCAGCGAAAACUGACCAUCACCUUGCUGGCAGUCUCCUUCCUCUGGCUGCUGCUCUCCCUGCCCUACUCUCUCGCUGAUGUUUACAUGGGAGGCAGGCCUCAAAAGAGGUCAACACGGAUCGCGACCUUCACCUUGCUCUACGUGAACCACGCCAUCAACUUCUACAUCUACUGCCUACUCCGCAAGAAGUUCAGAGUGGAGUUGAAAAGCGUACAUGAAUACGCGUGCAAACCACGCAUCAUGCACAUCUCAUAUGAUAGGCGGGGAUCUCUUUGUAUUCGAACCCAGUCACUGCUGCAGCAAGAUCAGGCGCCUUUAACCAUUGAGCCAUCACGCCGAUGGUGA